AUGAAGCUUUCUACUGCUGCUGUUCACGCCGCUCUGGCCUCCGUGGCCGCUUCGGCCGCUGUCGAGCUCAACAAGCGCGUCACUCCCCUGGACGUCAAGCUCGAGACUCUCAGCAACAGCGAGAUCAAGGCCACUGUCACCAACAAUGGUGACAAGGACCUCAACCUUUUCAUCCGCAACACUUUCCUCGACAGCGCCUCCAUCGAGAAGGCCGAGGUCUACAGCGCCGAGUCUCGCGUUGCCUUUGAUGGUAUCCGCCAGCGUCUUGGCACCAACAACCUGACCAGCGACUCUUUCCAGAACAUCCCUGCCGGAGGCUCCAUCGAGGCUACUUGGGAUGCCGCCGAGAUGCACGAUCUGUCCGCCGGUGGUGACUUCGAUAUCCUGACCCAGGGCGCCAUUCCCUACGCCGAGGCCAACUCGACCGUCAUCAAGGGCGCCGUUCCCUACCUCAGCAACCGCGUCCGCGCCAACGUCCUGGCCUCGCACGCCAAGAAGGUCCGCCGCAACUUCUUGGGCAAGAUCGAGAAGCUCAAGAAGCGCUCGACCCUGACCGACUGCUCGGGCGACAAGAAGACGGCGACCGAGACUGCCAUGACCAACUGCCAGAAGCUGGCCAGCGCCGCCGCCGAGGCCGCCUCGUCCGACAACGCCGCCUUCAGCGACAUCUUCAAGAACGCCGAUGCCUCCGAGGUCAAGAAGGUCCUCAACGCCGUCGCCGAGGAGUGCGGCAGCACCACUUCCGGCGCCGCCACUUACUACUGCGACGAGAACUCGGUCCCCUCCGAGUACGCCGUCGGCGGCUGCUCGUCGCAGGUCCUCGCCUACACCAUGCCCUCCGUCUCGCUCGUCGUCAACUGCGACCUGUACUACAGCGCCCUCCCCGACCUGACCACUACCUGCUACGACCAGGACCAGGCCACGACCACCCUCCACGAGUUCACUCACUUGUCCGAGAUCAAGGGCACUGACGACCUCGGCUACGGCUACAGCGCCGCCACCCAGCUCACCGGCUCCCAGGCCCUCAACAACGCCGACUCUUACGCCAUCUUCGCCAACGCUGUCGCCAACAACUGCGCUGGCUCUUCCGGCUCUUCGUCCUCUGGCUCUUCUUCCUCGUCCGACGACAGCAGCAGCGGCACCUCGACCGGCUCCGGCUCCGGCACUGCUACCACUCCCGAGGCCGGCUCCGGUUCUGGCUCUGGAUCUGGCACUGCUACCACCCCCGAGACCACCCCUGAGGCUGGCUCCGGCUCCGGCUCUUCCGGCACCGAGACUGGCUCUGGAAUCGGCGGUAUCUUCACUCCCAUCGCCGGCGGCUCUUCCGGUUUCGGUGGCGGUUCUUCCACCGGCGGCUCCUCGUCCGGCACUGAGACCGGCUCCGGCAUUGGCGGUAUCUUCACUCCCAUUGCUGGCGGCUCUUCGACUGGCACCUCGCCUUUCGGUGGUGAGUCUUCGGGAACUGAGACUGGCUCUGGCAUCGGUGGCAUCUUCACCCCGAUCGCCGGCGGCAGCGGCUCUGGCUCCGGCUCGUCCGGUCUCAGCGGUCUUGAGGGUCUCGAGGGUCUUGAGGGCCUGGAGGGUCUCGGUGGCCUCUUCGGCCUCGGCGGAUCCAGCUCUAAGGACACCACCAGCGAUUCGUCUUCGUCGAGCUCCUCGGGCUCGUCGUGGUGGCCCCUGAGCUUCUUCAAGGGCGGCCGCCGCGUCGUCGUCGUCUCGAGCGACUAA